UAUUUGAAAAUUACAUCAGUAUACGUCAACAGCCAUACUACAAUAUUCACCAAAAGUUAAAAAAUGACGACAGCUAAGUGACUUUGAAUUAUCACUCUUGCACAGUGCAGGACCUUUUUACAGCGUUAAUUAAAUAGCCAUCUAGUAACUUAUUCUAUUACCGUCAUAGUUGCACAGUAAAAAAAAAUAAAUUACCCCUGAGUACAGAGCCGAUAAAAAACUUGGGACCAUCUGAGCCAGCGGUCGUUCACACCAACGGCUUGAUAUCUUCGCUGGUGAGGUGUCAAAAAAUAGAGCUGUUGUGUACGUAUAGCUAUAUACACUUAGAGGUCGCAUGUAGGAGUUACAUGAAAAGCAAGGGAGCGAAAUUAGCACCUCCGUCUAAGCGAGAGGGUGACGAAAGUUUAUACGGGCGAAGAUUACGAACUCGACAAUAAAAAGUCCAUCAUCAGCCAGUCUACAGAAACCGACUAAUAGAAUAAUAUACAGUGGAAAAAUGGGUUCCUUCAAAUUGGUAGUUUUACUCUGCUUGGUGGCUGCCACAGCCGCAAGUGGACCUUUUGGCAAUUGCCAGCCUGGACCGAACGACCUGCUUCUAGAUGAUAUUCCCCUCAUCAACGUCGUAGUGGGAAGACAGCAGGUGAACAGAAGCUACCGUGGCUACAAGCUCACCUGCGUCAGGUGCACCAGAGGUCUGCUCAACAUCCUCGGCGAACUGCUGAACAUCAGUGUGCUGGAGGGUGGCAAAGACUGCGACCAUGUUCUGCUUCAAGUGAACGUCGGCAACCUCGGUGCCAGAUGCCGCGUUUAUGGUAAAAAGCUCAAAGAUGAUGAGACUCUCAACUGCUAAUAAGACAGGUGAUUGAUGUAUACUGAGUUACAUGUAAGCUGGAAACGUAGCAAUUGUAAUAUAUGAUAUGAAAUAAAAUUCCUGACGAACAUUUAAAAAUUCAAA